AUGAGGAGCAGCAGCUGGAUUUCACUGUGUGGACUUCUGUCUGCCAUCUGCGCCGUCCAGGCCUCAUACACCCCCUACCUUGCCACGCGCUGUAACUGCAAUGGGAGAGCUCAACACUGCGUUUGGGACGCCUUUGGGAUUCGCUGCCUCGACUGUGACGGAAACACAGAGGGCCGCUUCUGCGACCGCUGCAAGGUCGGCUUUUACCGGGAGGGGGAGGGACUGGGAUGCACGCCCUGUAACUGCAACUCCAUAGGGUCUGUCAGAGCUAGAUGUGACAGCAGCGGGGCCUGCAGGUGCAAAGAAGGAGUCACAGGAACGAAAUGUGACCUCUGCCCUGAUGGACCGAUCGGACCGGACGGCUGCGCGCAAAGAAAUCAGACCAGAGAGGAUUCUGGGAGUCAGACUCUGCCAUGUUUCUGUUACGGCCACAGCAGCCAGUGUUCUGCACAAUCCGGUUACUCCAUCCACAACAUCGCCUCCACCUUCACCGAUGGUCCUGGCGGUUGGACGGUGGCGACGGCUCAGGGCGUCACCCCCAGUGACGUUCAUUUCAGAUGGUCACCAAUACACCGGGACCUGGAGGUGAUCUCCAAGAACAGCCUGCCGGUUUACCUGUACGCCCCAGGUCCUUACCUGGGGAACCAGUUGCUCAGUUAUGGUCAGAACUUCUCCUUCUCCUUACGUCUGGACCGGGGCGUCCGACACCCGUCCACCAAUGACGUGAUCCUGGAGGGCGCCGGUCUCAGAGUCUCCGCCUCCCUGGGCGACCUUCGGUCCAUCGUCCCCUGUGGACAGAAACUCAAGUACAGCUUCAGACUGGACGAGCAGCCCGGCAGCAGGUGGAGGCCUCAGCUCUCCUCCCUCCAGUUCCAGAAGCUCCUGCAGAACCUCACCGCCAUCAAGAUCCGGGCGACCUUCGGCGAGAACGGACGUGGUUACCUUGACAACGUGCAGCUGGUGUCGGCACAGCGUGGGGACGGCGUCCCGGCCGGCUGGGUUCAGAACUGUAGCUGCCCCGCUGGAUACGAGGGCGAGUUCUGCGAACGCUGCUCAGCCGGUUUCAGACGCAGGACCCCCGCAGACGGAGCCUUCAGCCCCUGCGAGCCCUGCAGCUGCAGAGGAGGCAGCUGUGACCCUCAGACCGGAGACUGUUACUCUGCCGACGAGACGCCCAGAGAGCGGCACUGCCCCGAGGGGUUGUACAGAGACCCAUGGCAGCCCCAGACCUGCGUGAAGUGCCCCUGUCCGGAGGGAGUGUCCUGCUCACUGGCCGCUGGUUCAUUGGAGCCCCGGUGUGACAAUUGCCCGACCGGAACCACCGGUCCUCGCUGUGACGCCUGUCAGGAGGGGUUUUAUGGAGACCCCGCAGGAGUCGCUGGAAUGCGGCGCCCCUGCAGACCCUGCGAGUGUAACGGUCACAUGGACGUCAGCGUGGCGGGAAGCUGCGACCGCAGCAGCGGCGAAUGUCUGAAGUGCCUGAACAACACGAAGGGCUGGAGCUGUGAGUCCUGUCUGAGAGGCUUCUACCACAGCCGAGCCACCGACGCCUGCAAAUCGUGUGACUGCGACGUCCAGGGCUCUGAGUCCAGACAGUGUGAUGACUCUGGUCGCUGUCGAUGCAGACCGGGCUUCGAGGGUCUGAGGUGCCAACGAUCUAACUGCCCCGCCUGCUUCAGCCCCAUCAAGACAAAGAUGGAGGCGUACGCUGCCAGACUGAAGGAUCUGGAGACUAAGUUCUCAGACAUGGACGGAGGUUUGAGUCCAGCCAACAGCGCCGAGAUGGAGGCUGCUCUGAGAGCUGUUGAGCGGCUGGUGAACAACCUGCAGGACGACACUGAGGAGAUUGAAGACAUGGAGAAGAGCCUGCAGCGUCGCCUGUCGUCCAUCAGCAGGAGUCAGCUGGCCGAGGGACAGGACAUCCAAAACCUCGCCGACACGGCCGACGACAUCAAACACAAACAGAAAACCUACAAGACGGAGGUGAAAACGGUCCAGACUCUGAUGGACGAGAUGAAACGCAAACUGGAGGAGGCCAAGAGGAACCUCAGAUCAGCUGACCUUCCUCUUGGAGAUGCUCCUGCACUGGGUCCAAACUUGUUGUCUUCAUUGGUGCAGACAGCGACCAGCCUGGCAGAUAAACAUCAGACGAAGGCCACCGCUGUGGAGCAAACCGCCAACAUGGCUCUGAGCGACUCUAAGAAGAGUCUGGGUCUGGUCCGGACUCUCAUGACCAGAGAGAACAAGGUCAAAGAGCUGAUCGGAGAUCUGAAGACAAUGUACGACCAGACUUCGGCCAGGGUGAAGGGUAUGGAGAACCACGCGAUCCGUUUGAGCAGCGACGCCAAGGGUGAGAGCAAAAUGGCGGACGACAUGUUGAAAAACAUCGUCAAGAUGGAGCAAAACCUCCCAGCAUCCCUGAAGGGGGAGAUGGACGCCAUGGUUUCCAGGUUUGCCGGUAUGAAGGGUGUGGCGCACGAGAACAUCGCAGGCUUUGAGGCACUGCAGGGCGGCGUGCAGCGAGACAUGGCCGCCGCCAGGGACCUGUUGGCCAAGGGCCAAGCCGCCCAGCAGGACUUCAACAAGCUGCUGGACAGAGUCAACGUUGCCAAGGCUGACACCGAGGGCGCCCUGCAACUCAUCAACAGCAACACCAAGGAGCUGGACGUCGCGUUCAACACCCUGAAAGGGUUCGACCAGCAGAUCGACGGCAGCAGAGCUCUGGCUGACGCCGCCAUCAGGCGUCUCCCCGGCAUCAACGCCACCAUCCAGCAGGCCAGUCGCAGCAACGAUCACACGCUCUCCGUCCUGGAUGAAGUGUCCACAGAUUAUACCGGUGCACUGCAAAAAAUCAACAUGCUGGACGGCCUGGUCAACAGUCUGGAGGGAACGAUUGGAUCGUUGCCGCCUCACACCGGUCUGCUGAACGAAGCCACCACACUGAACAAGGAGGCGAAGGAUCUGAGGACGAAGGCGGUCGAUGUGGUCGGAGACCUGGAAUUUGAGCUGGACGACGCCAGGAGGCUGCAGGACGACGCUCAACAGGCGGCCGUCGGAGCAGCUGCAGCUUUCAACAACGCCAGACAGGCCAGAAACGCCGUGGGACAGACCCUGAGAGACAUCAACAACCUGCUGGCCAACAUGAACCAGCCCGGCACCGUGGACGAGGACCGCCUGAAGCAGCUGGAGGCCUCUCUGGCCCGCGCUCAGACUGACGUGCAGGAUCACCUGAGGCCUCGGCUCAGGGACAUGGAGCAGCAGGAGACCGCCAUGCGUCGCAGGCUGGUCGGCAUCAACGGGGACAUCGACACCAUCCUGGGCGACAUCGCUAACCUGGAGGACAUCCUGAGAUCCAUCCCCAGCGGCUGCUACAACAGCCCCCCCAUCGAGGAGCCCUGAGUCCAGACCCACAGGAGAAACCUGCCUCACAGUGGCGGCGCAGAAAUCAUUUGGCUUCAAGAGUUUUUGAGCGACUGUCCUGUUGAACUAAUAAUAAUAUUAAUGUUGUUGCACAAACCAACCACUGAACCUGUUUAUUCUUCAGCCAGCACCACACUGCCCCCUACAGGUCGUCUAGUGCUAAUGUCUGUUGUCUGACGUGUGACUGUAAGAGAAGUCUAUUUAUAUGUGUACAGUUUCAGUUUUUAUAUUUUUCAAAAUCCAGUGUUUUUA